UUUGGCAGGGGGGUUGGACUGGAGGAUCUCUAGAAGGUCCCUUCCAACUCCGACAACUCCGUGACCCUCAGAGCGCUUCCGGAUGGAUGAAGCCAAGGAGAAAAGGGGAUGAAAAGGGCUCCCAAAGGGCCACCCAGCUCCUGUGGUGGGUCGGGAACGCCUCCUGGGUGGAGGAGCCCGGCGCUGCCUGCCCGUACUCGCUCCCGGCGCGGGGGCGGCGGGUGCCGGCAGCGGGUGGAGGUGCCGAUGGAGCCGCGGUGGCAGUACCAGUUCCGGGUGAUCAUGUUGGGGGACUCCACGGUGGGGAAGUCCUCGUUGCUGCGACGUUACACCGAGGGUGUCUUCCUGGACGCUGUCAACCAGACGGUGGGGGUGGAUUUCUACGUCCAGUUCGUGGAGCUGGAGCCGGGGCUGCGGGUGAAGCUGCAGUUCUGGGACACGGCCGGGCAGGAACGGUUCAGAUCCGUGACCCGCUCCUACUACCGCAACUCUGCCGGGGGGAUGCUGCUCUUCGACCUCACCAACCGGGCGUCCUUCGAGAGCGUCCGGCGGUGGCACCGGGAGGUGACCGACACCGUCCAGCCCUUCCGCAUGGUUUUCUUGCUGGUGGGACACAAGAGCGACCUGGCCAGGCAGCGACGGGUGGGCAGGAGGGAGGCGGAGAAGCUGGCGGCCACCUUGGGGGUGCAGUACGUGGAGACCUCGGCCAAGGACGCCAGCAACGUGGUCCAGGCCUUCCAGAUGUUGACGGUGGCCAUCUACCAGGCCCUGCAGACGGGGCGGUUGGUGGCCACCGAGGCGUGGGACGGGGUGAAGUGCAGCCUCUCGCUGCCGGCACCGCUCCGAGCUCGGGCGCUGGAGAAGGAGGAGAAGCAGAAAAGAUGCUCGUGCUAG